GCGGCUUGCGCCUCGAAUCCAGGGGGCCGGAUGGACGAAUCGAAGCUAGGUGAGAAGCUAGACAUGCUGGAUCAUCUAGCUGAGAAGAGGAAUGCGCUGCUCAAGGAGAAGCACAAGUGCCUGAGGGACGAAGUAUUGCAGCUCAAGGAGCUCUUCACGGCGAUGAAGGAGCACAGUGGAUCGGAUUAUGCCGGCAUGGGCAAGCGCUUGACAGAGGCCGAGUGCCGUCUAGAAAGGAAUGUAGAGAUCGGCAGCAACUGCAACGAAGAAGGAAUUCGACCGAGUUCCAACAGUGGUGCCGAGAAUGGGAAUUUCAGCGGGUAAAAAUGUUUGCCUCGAGAAAAGUAGGAAAGUCUUACGAGGAGAUUGGAUGAACAGCUCAAGACUUUGUGAUAUGCCAGGGCUUUCUGGGUGAAAAAGAAGAUGAAAGAGAUGGACGAGAACUUGGCACAAUUCCAACAAUCUCACCAUCAGGUUGUCAAGGAAAACAACCUCAUAAUCGAAGAGCUGGAAAUUGCAAAGUGUUUCAAUGUCAAGCGUUCAGCUGACGCUGCGGACACGAGAGCUCUCGAGCACAUUCUCAAGAGCGCCAAGAAAGCAUUGCAAGGAAGUGCGAAGGGAAAUGAUGAAAAAAAUGAUACAGCCGAAGCUCAACUCCUUGUUGGUGACGCUGUGGCAACAGUGAAUGAGUUGAGGAAUGAGCUACAGCAGACUGAGCCGCUAAAGCAGGUUGUCGACACAGCUAACGGACAUUCUAACGCGACGAUUGAGAGAUUAAACCACAGGAUCAAAGACCUCGAAAGUGAACAGAGCAGGGCGUUUUCCUAUGAAUUGCGACUAAAAGAUGCGCUGCAAACAGUUUCACGACUGUCUGACGAAAAUGACGGACUUAAACAGGACCUUAAGUCAGCAGCAAGCAGAUACAUUGCUGCUGAGAAACAGUUGUUUGAGUCCUUGGACUCUAUCAAGGAACUGAAACACGUUGUGAGCGACUUAUCAAAUCGUCUACGACGACCACAAGGAGGCGAUUUAUUAGAAGACCGCAAGUCCAGCUCUCUUUUGUGGAAAAAGAUUACCGAACUCGAGCGAGAGGUUUCUACAGGUCAAGACAAGCUGCAAGAUGCCAUGUCGACGAUUGCGCAACUUAAGGCGUCGAAGGCCUCGCUGCUGCGAGCUUUGAACGAGGCAGAGUUGAUGAGGCAAAUGUACGUGACAGCGAAUGACCAGCUGAAACAAGCAAACCAGAUAAUCGAACAGCUCACAGAAAGACUGAAUGAGAUUGAGAGCGAUCUCAACUCGGAAAGGGACAAAACACGUAAUACGCUUCGAGACACAGUGGCCAGCAUCGACAGGGUAAACUUUCGACUUAAAAGUUCUCACGCGCUGAGGCUCAAGAACAGCACUGAAAUGCCUCCGGAAGCUUCGACGGACAUUCUAUCCAUGAUCACCAUUCUAAACAGCAGACUCUGUGUCCUCGAGCAGGAGCUGAGCGAGCAAGACUUGAGAAGGAAGGUUGAGAGUCCGACGAGACACAGCAAGCAAUAUCCCGACUGCUUUAUGAAGAUCGAUGGCUCGCUCGUCCGUCGAGCUCGGGAAGAGUACAAGCUUUUGUGUUCAGAAAUAGCUGAGAUUGAGUCGAAGAAACAGUAUAUAUGA